UCUCACUCUCUCCCCUCUGCUUUCAAACCUAAGAUGGGAUGUACCGCCUCCAAACUCGACGGCGAAGACACAGUUCGCCGUUACAAAACCCGCCGCCGUCUAAUGAAAGAAGCCGUCUACGCCCGCCACAACCUCGCCGUCGCUCAAGCCGAUUACUGCCGUUCCCUCCGUCUCACCGGAUCCGCUCUUUCCUCAUUCGCCGCCGGUGAGCCUCUCCUCUCUGUCUCAAACCAAACUCCGUCAGUCUUUCUCCAUCCUCAACAUUCUCCGACCAACUCAAUCCCUCCACGUGUCCCUCCUCCUCCUCCUCCUCCUCAGCCUCCAGCUUCUUCGAGUAGACGAAGGAAAGAGAAACAGAAACAAAAGCUGCCUCAUAUACUCUCUGACUCAAGUCCUUCGUGUUCUUCUCCGGUGAGUGAAAGAUCCAAUUUUUAUCCCAGAGCUUAUCAGAACUCGACUUACUCUCCUUCGCACGCUUCCUCGGUUUGGAACUGGGAGAAUUUCUACCCUCCUUCUCCUCCAGAUUCAGAGUUCUUCGAUAGGAAACAGAGAGAAACAGAGAGAACAGAGCAUUUGAGUAAGAAGAAGAACGGAUCAUUUGAGGAAGAAGAAACAGAGAGAAGAACAGAGCAUUUGAGUAAGAACAAGAACAGAGCAUCUGAGGAAGAAGAAGAAACAGAGAGAAGAACAGGGCAUUUGAGUAGGAACAAGAACAGAGCAUUUGAGGAAGAAACAGAGAGAACAGAGUAUUUGAGUAAGAAGAACAGAGCAUUUGAGGAAGAAGAAACAGAGUAUUUGAGUAAGAAGAAGAACAGAGCAUUUGAGGAGGAAGAAACAGAGAGAAGAACAGAGCAUUUGAGUAAGAAGAAGAACAGAGCAUUUGAGGAGGAAGAAACAGAGAGGGAGGAAGUACAGUGUAGCUCAUGGGACGUUCAAGAUCAUUUCUCCUCCUCUUCCGAGGAGGAAGAUGAUGAUGAUAAUAUGGAGUCUGUUUCAGAGAUGGGAACUCGGCACCAGGAGGCUUCACCAAUGCGGCAAGGAGAUGAUGAUAAAGAAGAUGAUGCGACGACGUAUUGUGGUAGCUAUAGAGGUGGAGGAGAUGUUGCUGUUAGGCAUAAGGAUUUGAAAGAGAUAGCUGAUGCGAUCAAGGAGUAUUUUGAUAAGGCUGCUGACGCUGGGGAUCAAGUGUCUCAGAUGCUUGAGCUUGGAAGAGCUCAGCUUGAUGGGAGUUUCAGACAGUUAAAGAAAACUGUGAUUCAUAAGAGUAGCAUACUAAGCAACUUAAGCUCCACAUGGACCUCUAAGCCGCCAUUAGCAGUCAAGUACAGGCUAGACACAACAGCAUUGGAUCAACCAAACAGUCUCAAGAGUCUUUGUUCCACUCUUGACCGUCUCUUGGCUUGGGAGAAGAAGCUCUAUGAAGAAAUCAAGGCUAGAGAAGGUGUGAAGAUUGAGCAUGAGAAGAAGUUAUCACAACUUCAAAGCCAAGAGUAUAAAGGAGAGGAUGCAGCUAAGCUAGACAAGACAAAGGCUUCUAUAAAUAGGUUACAGUCAUUGAUAAUUGUUACAUCUGAAGCUGUUACAACCACGUCGACGGCUAUAAUCCGGCUACGUGAUACUGACCUUGUUCCUCAACUCGUUGAACUCUGUCAUGGCUUCAUGUACAUGUGGAAAGCUAUGCAUCAAUACCACGAGACACAAAACAGCAUCGUGCAACAAGUCAAAGGCCUCAUCGACAGAUCAGGCAAAGGAGAAUCAACGUCUGAGCUACACAGACAAGCAACACGUGACCUCGAAUCAGCCGUCUCUUCUUGGCACUCUAGCUUCAGCCACCUCAUAGAGUUCCAACGUGACUUCAUACGCUCCAUUCACUCCUGGUUCAAACUAACCAUCCUCAACAAAGAUCCAACAGACGCUUACUCCUUCUGCGAGGAGUGGAAACUCGCUCUAGACCGUGUUCCCGACACGGUAGCAUCAGAAGCAAUCAAAAGCUUCAUCAACGUUGUGCAUGUGAUAUCAACGAAACAAGGAGAUGAACACAAGGUAAAGAAGAGAACAGAGACAGCGUCAAAGGAGCUUGAGAAGAAGGCUUCGUCGCUUAGAAGCUUGGAAAGAAAAUAUUAUCAGUCUUACUCGAUGGUUGGUGUUGGUUUACCUGAUUCAGGACCUGAUAACCAACACGUGUUGGAUGCUAGAGACCCGUUGAGUGAUAAGAAGUGUGAGCUUGCGGGUUGUCAGAGGAGAGUAGAGGAAGAGAUGGUUAAGCAUUUGAAGGAGAUAGAAGUGACGAGGGCUAUGACUUUGAAUAAUUUGCAGACAGGGUUGCCUGGUGUGUUCCAAGCUUUGACGAGUUUCUCUGCUUUGUUUGUUGAGUCUCUUGAAACGGUGUGCACUCGCUCACACUCUAUCAAGUAG